AUGAAGCCCUCUGUCGCUUUUCUGCUCCUGAUGUUAGGAGCUGUGAUGAACGUCCAACCGGCGCAGGAAAAAGCAUCCCUGCUCUACCCCUACGGUCCGGAGCAGCACGACCAGAAGAACCCCAAACUUGACGAUGGGUCAUCAAAGAAGGUCUCCCUCGCCGUGCCCUUCACCUUCUACGGCAAGGAGUACCGAUCCCUUUACGUGAACAACAACGGUGUCAUUUCCUUCGACACCCGGGUCAACCAAUACACCCCCGACCCCUUCCCCCUGGCCGAUGGACGCACCUUCGUGGCCCCAUACUGGGCGGACGUGGACAACGUGAGGGGAGGGGAUGUCUUCUACCGAGAGACCACUGACCCGACGCUGCUGGCACGCAUCACCAAGGACAUCAACCAAUACUUCCCCAAGAUCCCUUACACGGCCACGUGGGCUUUCGUGGCCACCUGGGACCACGUGGCCUACUACGGCUCUACCACCAAUAAGGGCAACACCUUCCAAGCCAUCCUGACCACCGACACCAAGACGUCCUUCAUCAUCCUCAACUAUUGGGAUAUCCAGUGGACUACCGGGGCGGCAAGUGACGGUGACGCUGAAACAGGUCUCGGAGGCACCCCGGCCCACGCCGGCUUCAACAGCGGAGAUGAAACCAAUUUCUACAACAUCCCUGGCUCCCAGACUGAUGCCAUCAUCAACAUCACCAAGACCUCCAACGUCAACGUCCCAGGGCGUUGGGUCUUCCAAGUCGAUAACUUUAAGAUAAAUCAAAGCGUCCGAGGCGGAAGGACCGUCCCCGUCGUCCCCGUCCCCAUCAUCCCCCAUCACACGCGGAGGACGAGGUCGCCCAGCGGGACGCGUCGAGCGAUAAAAUUGGGAUACGGGAGCAAUAAAAUUGCAGCUGAGACAUGGCGGCUCCUGCGUCGUCUUCAUUUCUCACGCGUGGCCGUGCGCUUUGAGGAGCUAGGGUUGCCCAAUCCGACUUUAUGGAUGAUGAAGGCACUGAUGGCAAAUUCUCCUCUUCCUCGGGCUUUUCUAGGUGUUUUUUACUUGCUCAACGUCGCUGCGUCGGCUCCACAUCACCUGGGGGAAGACUUUGUGGUGGCCUACAUGCAAAACGGUUUGCAGCAGACCCUCAACAGCGACUUCAAGCUGCUCAUCACAGGUUAUUCGCCCUUCACGUCUGUCACCAUCUCCAUGAAGAAGCCGGGCUUGAGGAUGACGGUGCAGGUGACCACAGGCCAAACCAUCCUGGUGAAGGUCCCACCUCAAGCGGAGAUGGUGGGAAGUAAAACCUUUGACAACACCGUGGUGGUGAGGGCCAACAACGCCAUCUCCUUGGUGAUGGUCAAUGAGAAACCCACCUCGGUUGACUCAGCCGUGGUCUACCCGGUGCACAACUGGGGCACAGAGUACCAUGUCGUGACACCCAACGUGGGCACCGACCGCUAUGGCGAGUUCGUGGUGGCCGCCUGGGACGAGCCCACCGUGGUUGACGUCCACCUCAAAGCCGCGGUGACCUACCAAGGCCGGUCUUACCCCCGGGGCUCAGUUCUCUCCAUCAGACUGGAGCCCUUCCAAGCAGCCCAGCUCCAAAGCCCAUCUGAUAUGUCCGGCACGAGGAUCGUGGCGCAAAAACCCGUAGCCGUCUUCACUGGCCACACUUGCUUGGCCAGGUUCGCCCACUGCGACCAUUUGGUGGAGCAGCUCCAACCUCUUUCCAGCUGGGGCACCACCUUCAUCGUGCCGCCGUUGCCUUUCGAGACUCAGUCUGACAUCGUCUACGUCUCCACCUCCCAGCCGACGCGAGUGGAGUCUCAACACGGGGUGACCAAGUCCGUUCGGGAGCUACGGCCCAGCCGGUCAACGCUCUACGGACUCCAAGCCUUAAAUACCUUGUACCUCUCUGCCAACGCUGGCAUCCAGGUCAUUUUUUUUGCCGACGGAGGUAAUAAAGAUGCCAUCUUUUACGACCCGUUUUUUAUGACCAUCCCAGAUGUCUCCAGCUACUGCCACUCCUACAAAAUCUUUGCCCUGGAGGGUUACGAUAAUUACGCCCUGCUGAUCGCCAAAACCUCGGAGACAUCCGGGUUGAUGCUCAACAAAACGCCGUUGAGAAACGUCGCGUGGAAACCUGUCCCGGGCACCGAUUACUCGUGGGCCGGGCAGAGUUUGGGCGGUCAUUUUGCCGUCCAUACGGUGGAGCACAAGACGUCUCCCUUUGGAUUGCUCAGCGUAGGGAUUCGGGAGCAAAAAGCCUACGGGUCGGCAGCUGUUUGCGACAGCGAUCCCUGCCAGCUCGUCCAAUGCCGCGCGAAGGAGACGUGCAAGAUGGAGAAGGGGGAGGCGGUGUGCGUGCACGACUACAUGGGAACCUGCAUGGGGUCGCAGUCCCUGCAAUACCACACCUUCGACGGGAUGACCGUGGACAUCCGGGGCGGUUGCACCUACACCAUCGCCAAGUAUUGCGGCAACGAUCCCACCCUGGUGCCGUUCGUCGUGGAGGAGAAGAAGAGCGAAGGCGAUUUGAAGGAGUGGUUGACCCACAUCUACGUGUACUCCUACAACAUCUCCAUCCACAUCGGAGAGGGAGGUAAAAUCCAGGUCAACAACAAACCCACCAACCUACCAGCCACCCUGGAAGCGGGGAAGAUCCAGAUCUCCCAAAACGAGGGUCGGACCAUCCUGCAAACGGAUUUUGGGCUGCAGGUGACCUACGAUGAAGACUGGGCCAUAAUGGUGGCGGUGCCCAGCAGUUAUUUUGGGGGCACCUGUGGACUCUGCGGCAACUUCAACGAGGACUCGGAGGACGAGGUGACACUUUCUGAUGGAGCUCAGGCUUCCAGCGUGGAGGAUUGGGCUGAGAGCUGGCGAGAUCCCUCCUGCCAAGAUGAUUGUGAAGACCAGGAGACGCUGCAGGACACAGCAGGCUGCGCUCAGAAAUGCCCCCAAAACAGCCACUUCGAAGCCUGCGGCACGGCGUGCCCCCCCACCUGCACCGACCCCAAAGCCCCCGCGUCCUGCGGCGAGCCGUGCACGGCCGGCUGCCGGUGCAACGAGGGCUUCGUCCUCCACAACGACUCCUGCGUCCCGGUGGAGACCUGCGGUUGUUUCCACAACGGUCGGUCCUACAAGGUCAGGGAGGAAUUUUGGGAGGACGGGAGUUGCCAGAGCCGGUGCCGUUGCAAAGCCAACGGGGCGGUGGAGUGCGAGGAGGUCUUCUGCAGCGCCCACGAGGAGUGUCGAGUAGAGGACGGGGUGCUGGGGUGUUACCCCGCCGGUUACGGGCGGUUGGUGGUCUCCGGCGACCCGCACUAUGUGACGUUCGACGGGAGAGCCUUCGACCUCCAGGGCUCCUGCACCUACGUCUUGGCGCGGGUCUGCAAGCCGGAGCGGCGGCUGACGAAUUUUUCGGUGGUUUUGGAGCACGACGUGGGCGGUCGGGGUAACGUGGCGCUGAUGAAGAAGGUGGUCAUCUCCAUCCACGGGUACACGGUCGGCAUGGAGAGGGGAAAGAAGUGGGAGGUGACGGUGGACGGGGAGCGCUACACGCUGCCGCUGGUGACGGAGGACAAGAAGCUACGGAUCGGCCAAGAAGGCAACAACGUCGUCCUCCAGUCGGCCGCUGGGCUCCGGCUCCUCUACAACGCGGCCACCUACCUCCUCGUCACCAUCCCCGACUCCUACCGGGGUCGCGUGUGCGGACUGGGGGGCAACUACAACGGGGACCCCGGUGACGAUUUCCAGCUGCCCGGCGGUUCCCUGGCGCAGAGCACCGAGGAAUUCGUUACCUCCUGGAAGACGCCGGUGAAGGACCGAGCGUGUACCGACGGCUGCCACGGCAAGGCUUGCCCCGCGUGCGACGCCGCCGACGCCGCUCCCUACGGCGCCGGCGAUUCCUGUGGGCUCAUCCGGGAUCCGGCGGGACCUUUUGGGUCUUGUCACCCACGGGUGAGCCCGGUGGAGUAUUUCAACCAUUGCGUCCAUGACGUCUGCGCCGCCAACGGCGCGCAGGACAUCCUGUGCCAAAGCCUCCAAGCCUACGUCGCCGCUUGCCAAGCCGCUGGGGCCGAGAUCGGCAGGUGGAGAACGACCACUUUUUGCCCCCUCUCCUGCCCGCCGCAUAGUCACUAUGAGCUCUGCACCCGUACCUGUGACUUCACCUGCGCCAGCCUAUCCGUGCCAGCCCCAUGUAGCUGGACGUGCUUUGAGGGCUGCCAGUGCGAUGACGGUUACCUCUUCGAUGGAGAAGCCUGCGUGUCCCUGGAGCAGUGCGGCUGCAUGCACCAGGGACGGUAUUUCAAGGCGGGCGAGACCAUCAUCUCCAGCAACUGCUCCAAGAAAUGCAAUUGCCACCUCUCCCAGGGACUCGUUUGUGAGGACAUACGGUGUCCGCCGGACGAGGUCUGUGCCACGCGGGACGGGGUACAGCAGUGCGUCAGGCGGGAAGGUCAGUGCCGGGUCUCCCCGGGGGCCACCUUGACCACGUUUGAUGGCGCCGGUGGAAAGCUCCUGGCCAGCGGCACCUACAAAGUCGCCGCCCUUUGCGACGAGCAGUCGCCCAACUGGUUCAAGGUGGUGGUGGAUGUCAGCGAGUGCCGGGAUGACAGCAUCCCGGCUGCCGUGGCCGUCUUCAUCUUCUUCCGCGAAGCUUUCAUCACUGUGAAUAACAACAUGGAGGUGUGGGUGAAUGGUCUUUUCACCCGCCUUCCAACUGCGGUGUCCGAUGCCAUCUCCUUGAGCGCGGUGGCGGGGAACAUCACCGUCUCCCAUACGUCAGGGAUGGAUGUGGUCUUCAGCCCCAACGGGGAGGUGACGGUGACCGUAGGGGCCUCCUUGGUCAACCGACUCUGCGCUCCCUGUGGCAACUUCAAUGGCGACCCCAGCGAUGACCUGAAGCUGCCUGAUGGCCGGACCGUGAGGAACAUCGCAGAGGUUGUCGAUGCCUGGAAAGCCAGGGAUUUUGCGGGAUGCCGUGCCUCCAACCUCGUGCGGAUGGAAGUGGAAGCCCCCGUCUACCCUAUGCAGUAG